AUGCCCUAUCGCCUAGACACUCACGUCUUGACAGUGGAUGCGAACGUCAUCCACAAGGUCGACACUGGCAAUCCCGCUAACCUAUAUAGCAUGUGGACUGUCUUUUCUCGCUGCGCAGACUCUGUUGAACAAGGCCGAAGACUAGAGAACCUCAGCUGGCGACUUUGGCAAAGAGAAACAUUUGUCGUCGACAACGAGGAGAAGACCGCCCCUACCACCGAGACCCUUCCUCAGAACAUCCCCUCCGAGUCGAGGAUACCCGAUCUUCCUCAACUAUCCGGCAGCGUCGACUCCCUUGUAGACGAGGAAGCCGUCGACUUCGCACCAGUAUCAGCACCCCUUGAGAUUGCCCGCCCUCGUGUACGACGUCAAGAUUCUUGCGCCAGCACCCGAAGCAAACGCGAACGUCACAUCAGCUCCGACGACUUCGAGAAGAUGAUUGUCUCUAUCGUUAAGGACAAGGGUCCUCUCUCUGCCCCUCCUCACGUUGCGCCUGUCGCCAAGGAGUCCCUGCCCGUCCCUCCUGCAUUCGAGCGAUCCGGUUCUACCACUACCGAGUCGCAAUCGCCUGCUAAGUCCAUUACUUCUGAGGGUUCGCCACAGCCUUCACCUCAGAGCCUCUCCCGCACUACUGUUGUGCGCGGUUUCUCGCCUUCCCAAAUUCCUACUCCUCGAACCAUCUCCGGCACCCAAUCAUCAGAUGCGAUCCCCGAGCCCAAGUCCUCACCUGCCGCCAAGGUAGUGCAGUCAAAGAAGCCUGCCCGCUUUGCGCUUGGUGGCUCUUGUUCGUCUAGUGAACAGGACCAGAGCCUUAGCAACAGCAAGCCUAUCAUUCCUAUCAUCAAGAAGCCCGUGUUCCAAAUUGGUGGUUCAUCUGAGGAGGAUGGAUCUCUCAAGAGCGCCAUGGCUUCGCCACGACCCAACUCGCUUCUGUCUGCGCGAAAGAAGCAAGCUUCUUUUGCUAACAGUGUCAUGACUCGAACCAUUGAUGAUGAGGCUGCUGUGGACUCUGACACCGACGACUACAUUGACGAGAGCGCCAUUGAUGACGAUGACGACUCUUCUGACUGGGAGGACUCUAUGGAGGAGAGUGGCAAGUCUAGCAUGGACGACAGAUUCUUCCAGCGAGUUGACUCCAAGCCCAACCUGACUUCCCGCCGAUCCCUCAUUACUCUCAUGCUUGCCCAGAACGAUCGUGCACGCAACCUUGGUGGUCACGCUUCCCAAUCAACAUCAGCAAUUCCCCGAUCUCGUCUGGCCCAUGGCCAUUCACUGGGUGCCUCACCUAAUGAUUCUGAUGAGGCACCCUUGAUGAUGAAGGGCAUGCGUGGUCCUGGCCUCAAGCCUAUUCAUGAGGUACCCAGGUCUACUGCCCAGCCCAUCAUGACCGGCCCCAAUCAUCUCCAGCCCCAGGCUGCCCUGUCACCUCGUACUACCCGCCGUAACAUGUUGGCGACCGAGUUGACUGAGUCACUUCGACGCCACCUCCUCUGGGAGCGACAACAAAAGUCCUCAACAGCGAAUGCCGUCCUUAAGCGACGACACACAUCGCAUGAUGUGGCCAACCUGAAGCAAUUCCCUGAGAAGCCUUGUAUGAAGCAGAGCGAGGACGUGAAUGCGAGCAGCUGGAACCAAUACUUCUCCAAGGAGGCCAGCGACGGAUACCACUCCAAGGGGUGGUAA